ACUCGGGAAAUGAAUCGUAGUGUGUGCAUCUUUCUCUUUUAAAGCUAUCACUUUUUCAUCCUCCCUAUGUGAAUCCCAGUUCUUUCUCUUCUGGGUUUUGGCUGUUAGAAGAGAAAGAAUAUUUUUAUUAUUAUUCUAUUCUACACACACAACAACGUUCACACGCCAUCUUAAUUCUAUUAUUACAUAUACACAUACACAUUAGUGUCUGAAAAUUACUUGGGACGAGGAGGAGGAGGAGGAAGACAAAGAAAGGCAUGAAUUGUUUUCCAUGGGCCAAAGAUUCUGCCAAAAAAUCUAAGAACAAUAAGAUGAAAUACAAGUCCCUGGAUCAAGAUCAGCCUAAAUCACUAUUAGAUGCAUUGAAAGUUGCUCCGGUUAAGAAUGAUGCGAAAGAAGAUACACAGAAAGUUGCCCCAGCUAAGAUUGAUAUGAAAGAAGAUGCCAAGGAUGCUGAACAAUCUGCAGUUACUAAUGAUUUGGAGGUUGUUGAAGGGGUGGGUGGCGAUCAUAAAGAGAAGGGGAAGUCAAGGUCAUUCAAAUUAAGUGAAUUGAUUGAUGCCACUGAUGAUUUCAAUAUGGAAAAUUAUCUUGGCGAAGGUGGAUUUGGCAAAGUUUUUAAAGGAAAGUUAAAGGAUACUGGCGAGCUUGUAGCUAUCAAACAACUGGACUCUGAUGGCACGCAAGGUGUUAGGGAAUUCGUUAUUGAAAUGAUGACUUUAAGUUUAGUCGAUCAUCCGAAUCUUGUAAAACUAGUUGGAUAUUCUGUCGAGGGAGGCCAGAAGUUGUUGGUGUAUGAGUACAUGUCAUUGGGUUCUCUGGAGAAGUAUUUGUACGGCCAUAAACGUAAAACACUUGAUUGGAAUACUAGAAUGAAGAUUGCAGCUGGUGCAGCAAGAGGAUUAGAAUAUCUGCAUGAUAAGUUGAAUCCCCCGAUAAUAUACCGUGAUUUAAAAUCCUCUAACCUUCUGCUUGGGGAGGAUUUUCAUCCCAAGCUAUCGGAUUUCGGCUUAGCCAAAGUGGGACCUACCGGAACUAAUACCCAUGUGUCAACCAGAGUGAUGGGAACAGAAGGUUAUUGUGCACCAGAAUAUGCAAUGACUGGCCAGCUGACUUUUAAGUCGGACAUUUACAGCUUUGGGGUUUUUCUUUUGGAGAUCCUUACAGGAAGGAAAGCCAUAGAUUCCAAAAGACCCUCCAAGGAACAAAAUCUGGUUGAUUGGGCUCGUCCUCUUUUAAGAGACAGGAAGAACAUAUAUCAUAUGGUUGAUCCUGAACUCCGAGGCCAGUAUCCACCAAAACAGUUAUAUAAAGCUUUUGCAACUGCCCUAAUCUGUGUCCAGGAGCAACCUUCCACCCGGCCUCGUGUGUCCGAAGUAGCUAAAGCUUUAGAUCACAUUGUGUCUCAACUAUAUACACCACAAAGUCCUCCUGCUCAGACCACUCCGGAAAUCCCUGUCAUCUCAUAGCUUCCGUGGGAAAAUUCAGUGUCCUUGUAUAUUCAAAACUGUUCCAGAGGUGUUUGUAUCCUAGCGUAAGCCUGAUUAUCAAGUUUUGUAUCAGAGUCAUGAUGACAGGUUCUCAGUUUUGGAAACAUUAUCUUGAUAGGCAGAACGUAUCCCUCAAAUUCUUUUUUGCAAUGUAAGCUGCAGGAACUAUAGCAACUGGAAUUGCCUCCGACUCUGAAAAUUGAAUAACCCGUAGUCGGCUUCUUUUAAGAGAAGAUCAUUCAGUUCUGUUCUGUUGGUUCUUGGAAUAAUUUUUUUUGUAUCA